AUGUUCAGGCGUGUAUUCCUAUUCCUCCUUCUGAGGUUCGUAACUUCAUUCAAUGUGGAUAUUGACCAUGCUGCAGUCCAUUGGGGUCCUUCCAGCUCUCACUUCGGUUUCUCCGUAGCCGCUCAUUUCCGUCAAGGCCAUCCGCUGUAAGUCCAUCUUAUUUUGGCGGCCUCAUUUUUGUUAUUUACGACACUUCUGAGGGAUGUAAACUUUUUCGGCAUUAAUUACAUAGCUUAGGGUACCAAGCGGUGCUUUAGGAGAAAGUAAAAUAAAUCACUCAAGCUCAGAAAUAAUUCAUUCAUUACAGAUUACUAGUAGGUGCCCCGAGGGCAGAUUCUGGACAGCCAGGAACUCAGGAAGCCGGGGCUGUUUAUGCAUGUCCGACAGAACAAGGGAUCCACACAAGUUGCCAGCAGUUGAGAAUUGAGUAUCCAACUCAAGAUGACUACACUAGAGCCCCCAUCAGGCUGGAUAAUAAGGUCUUGCAUCCUGAGGGAAAAAAUCAUCAGAUGUUAGGGUUUGUUGUCCAAUCUACUGGCAGUGCAAAUGGGCAGGCAAUGGUUCGUUUAUGAAUAGAUAUUAACUUUAAUUCAUUAGACAUGUGCUCCUUUAUUAAGAACGGGAGUUAACGCAUACACAGAUGGCGUUUGCUAUCUUCUGCGCAAUGACUUGAACCAUUCAAGUGUCAUCAACACAUGCCAUCCUUUGCCCAAAAAGGACCGGCACAAUGACUAUGGGGCAUGUGAACAGGGAUUCUCGGGCUAUAUGGAUGAUGUAAGAGCCGUUUUAGAAUGGAUAUUACAGUUGAAUACGUAGUAUAUGCCCCGAAAAUUUAGAGUGUGAUAUUAACUGGAUUGCCUGGAGCGCGUAAAUGGACGGGUGGGGUGUUCGGCCGCUUCAUGUUUACAGCCGAUGGUUUCCCCGAUUCGGUGGACCGAUGGACAAUGGAGGUGGGCAAAGAGAAUGAGGGAAUCAUCAAUGUCCUUGCCUCUCAUGACUACCUCGGCUAUUCCGUUCGCUAUGGAUUAUUCGGAUUUCCAUACGAAACCAAAGACAGGAACAACUUCACUGUUGUCAGUGGAGCGACCAGAUACGGUCAAACUGGAGCAGUCAUCUUCCUCCCUUUUUAUGGAAAUGCCAGGCCUGAAGAUGAGAAACUUCUUGGUUUAGAUAAGAGCAGAUUCAAGUUGGAUGGUCGGCAAUUAGGUUCUGGGUUUGGCUAUCAAGUAGAAGUCCUCGAUCUGAACAAGGAUGGGUAAGUGACUGAGAGGUCUCCUGGUAUUCCUUUUUAUAGAUUUGAUGACUUAUUGGUCAGUGCCCCAUUUGAAUUUCAUUUCGAAGAAGAUCUUGAGUUUGGUGGAGCUGUUUACUUAUAUUAUUCUAAAGGACGAAGAGUCAACCCGGGCCAAGAAUACGAUGUCUUCCAGGAGCCCAUCAUCCUCCGAGGACGAGGUCUCUAUUCCCAAUUUGGUCUUAGUCUGGCAAAUGUCGGAGAUAUCGACCGAGAUGCCUCCCAUUACGACGAUUUCGCUGUCGGAGCGCCAUUUGCCGACCAUGGCCAUGGGGCUGUCUACAUCUUCCAUGGUCAGGAAUAUGACCAAUUCAAUACCGAACCAAGUCAGGUUAUCUUGGGAAGUGACUUGGAGAACAUCACAAGGAAGAAGGUGAAGACAUUUGGAUCUGCUGUUAAUGGGAAGGUGGACGUUGACGGAAAUGGCUUCCCAGACGUAGUGGUUGGAGCGUAUGCAUCUGAUCUCUCUUAUGUAUUCAAAGCUCGGGCAGUCGUUGAUGUGGAACUGGACUACUCCUUUUCUCAAAAAUACAUCAAGAUAAAUGAUGGAUGGGGAUGUCCUAAAGGCUCCAAGACCUGUUUUGAAUUGACAACAUCAUUAUCUACCCUAGACAAUAAUAAUAUCAGAAACUUGCUCAACCUGGGGCAAGAUGUUUACACUUGUCAACUGAAGAUUAUUUCAAAUCCAAAGGCCCCUUUGAGGGCUCUCUUUGUUCAAAACAAGGCCAACGAAAUUUCGUGGCCUUGCGGAAGAGAUUCCCUCGGAUAUCAACAGAGACUCAAGCACAAGGUCUACAUUCCUGACACUAAUCAAGACUGGGUUAAUCCAAUCAAAUUCAACUUUACAGCAUCCAUGACGAUGUCACCUAUGCGAAGCGUUAUUCCGGUUAUUAGAGAGAGAAGGGCGUCAAAGCUAUUUGAGACAUCUUUCGACAAACAAUGUGGUGAAGACAACGACUGUUAUACGGACAUUUCAAUCCGACCUAUUCUGCUAAAUAUGACGUAAGUGUUUUCUGCCAAUAGAAGAAUUUAAUUUUUCCAGUCGAACUGCCAACGGAACAUAUUCAUCGAAAGUGACCGAAAGAGACUCAAUUACAAUUCGAUUCUUGGUCGAAAACAAAGGAGAACGAGCUUUCUUGGCCCAGUUAUACGUAUCCUAUAACCAAGAUGAACUAGACGAACCGAGACUGUCCAAGAAUCUGGAUGGGAUUGAUGUCAUCAAAAAAGAGCAUGGUCUGGCUGUUCUAUCUCUAGGAAAUCCAUUGGAAGAGGGGAAGAAACUCAACUUUGAUCUCAGUUUUCAUUUGGUCCGGGGAACCUCAGAAAGGAUCAGCACUGAACUUAUCUUUAAUGUCACUGCUAACAGCACAUCUAUCGAAGAAUACCAACAAGACAACGAAUGGAGCGCCCAGGUAAAACUGAUAAAGGAAGCCGAUCUGGAGUUGAUUGGAGUGUCCAAACCAUCGAUCAUACGGUUCUCGAAGGGAAACUAUAGACCCAGAUAUGAAGAGGACAUCGGAUCAGAGGUUGUGCAUACCUAUACGGUGAUUAAUCAUGGACCGUUCUACGCAAAAAAUGUGACAGUUACAGUAAGAUUUGUUUAUAUUUUUGGUCAUUUUUUUAGAUAAACUGGCCAUUGAAGUUGAACACAAACGAUGAAGAAUGGGUGUUAUAUACCCUUGAAGACCCUAUAAUUCGGUAUAGAGGCAAAGUUCGAACUUGUAAAGUGGACAAGAAUCUUAGGGCCAUUAACCCCAGAGAAAUCUAUAUGGACGAGACAAUGAAACUGGCUUACAGUACAACUUAUGGCCUAUUGAAACUUCAUCGAGAGAAAAGAGAGUUAAAUUCGAAAGAAUAUCAACAAGGAGAAGAUGUCUCCCAGCUCACAGCAUCCAUCUUUGACAAUAAAAACAUUAAAACUAAAGAUGUCACUGAGUUCUCAGGUGCGACCGUCAAGAUUGUUGAUAUAGUAAGCAUUUGUUUCGAUGUCUAAAAUUCAAUGUUUAGAAUUGUAAAGACGAAUCGGCGAUCUGUUACCCAUUAACUUGUAACUUCGACUACAUCGGGACCGAUGAGUCAGCAUUAAUAGAGAUCAGGUCUCGCCUUUGGAAUCAGACCUUCAGCAGUGACUUCCAGAAGAUCGAAUAUGUAGCCAUAACCUCGAACGGAGUGGUCGAAGUAGAUCCAAAACAAGGGAUAAUGGAGGACAUGACCAACAACUUUGCUCAAGCCAUCACCCAUGCAUAUCCAGAUCGGCCUUCCCAGCAGGAUAAGCUCAAUAUCUGGAUCUUGCUCUUGGCCGUUCUCGUCGGACUUUCUCUUUUGGCCAUUUUGAUCCUUAUCUGUUACAAAUGCGGGUUUUUCAAACGAAAACGGCCAGAAAGACAUAUGUUGCACAGAGCUCAGCUUCAGCACGAGAUGUAUGGCUAA